AUGUUUUGUUAUUUAUUAUUAUAUCUAUGUUUGAUAGCUACUCAUAAGUUUAAGUGUAUUUCUAAUAACUCAAAUAAAGUAUUAAAAAAAAAUGAUAAUACAAAAGCUCUUUUAUAUAUAAAAUUAGAAAAACAUUAUAACAUUUUGAUAAAAAAAAAACAAAAAAGAAAUAAGCUACGAAAUUCUAUUGAUUUUUACAUAGAUAAAUUUUUAUUUUCUUCUUAUGAAAAUGAAGAUAGAAAUGUUUAUGAUGUGAAUAAAAUGAAUAUAGAUUCAAAUGCAUUGGAUGUAAGUAGAGAUUUCUUAUAUAUACAAAAUGAAAUAAAUAAAAAUGUAAGUAAAAGUUUUAAUGAAAAAAAAUUUCAAAGAAUAUUUGAAAAUCAAAAAAGAUAUUCUAUAAAUUCAAAAAACCCUCCUUAUGUUUUUCAUCCUAUUUAUUCCAAUGUUGAUAUAAAAAAAACCCAUCGAUUUAAAAUAAAAAAGUAUGAGAACAUAUUCACUUAUUUAAAUAAAGAGGGUAUAUAUGAUAGUAAUUAUUUCAUUCCUUCUAAUGAAAUAAAGGAAGUGUUCAAAUAUAUGCUUAAAGCUCACGAUUCAUGUUUUAUAAAUAAUAUGUUAAAUAUAAUAAGAAAUAAUGAACCAGUAGAAAUGUAUGAAUUAGAUUUAUUUCCUGAUUUAAUAUGUAGAUUCUUAGUUGAAAUAAAUGGUACAAUUUUAAGUUCCUUAUUAGCACUGAAAUACUCCAUUUCAAUGCAUAUAGGUGGAGGUAAUCAUCAUUCUAAAAGAGAUAGAGGAGACGGAUUUUGUAUUUUUAACGAUGUAGCAAUAGCAAUAUAUUUUUUAUUGUCAAAUAAAAUCAUUGAAAAUGCAAUCAUAUUAGAUCUUGAUGUACAUCAAGGAGAUGGGACAGCUGAAAUAUUUGAAAAUUUUAAAAAUGUAAAAACAAUAAGUUUACAUUGUAAAAAUAAUUAUCCACUUUUAAAAAAAAAUUCAACAAUAGAUAUAGAAUUGGAUCCAUUUAUAAAAGACAAUGAGUACUUAAAUUUAUAUCAAAAUGUUUUAAGAAAUAUAAAAAAGAAAGAAAGUAGUAUUAUAUUUUAUUUAGCUGGUGUUGAUAUAAGUAAAGAUGAUGAUUUAGGUUUGCUUCUAAUAAGUGAUGAAGGAAUUUAUAAAAGGGACUAUUUAACUUAUCAAAUGGCAAUAAAAAAUGAAAUUCCAAUAGUUACAGUAUUAUCAGGUGGAUAUAAUGACUGUGAAGACAUAUUAACACAAAAACAUCUUUUAACUUUUAAGGCAGCAAAAGAUUCAUGGAAUUAUAUGAGUGAUUAA